CGGCGCUGAUUGGUUGUUGCCUUCUCCUGAAGGAGGAGGGGGAGGUUUGGAAGAGUUGAUAUGUCCACCAUCUUGAAAAGUCGCUUAUAGUGCUGAGCAAUUUUCCCGCCUGACUGGAUUAGGUUGUUUUCCGAUAUCAGGAAAAUACUUUCCAGGAUAAAGGCCCAAAGAAAUUUUAUCUUUAAUGUAGUCCGGAUACCCUGUAAUGGGCCAGAAGCUGAAGGAGCAAAGCGUGGUUUUAUUUUCUUAAUAUUUAAAAUUUUGUUAACAGGCACCUGCUUUCUGUUGGAAUUUGAUGGACUAAUCUUUGCCUCCACCUGCCCCCGUUGACUGAGAAUUCCCUAAUGUCAUCUAGCUUCGGAGCAACAUUCUGACAUUUCGCAGUAACAUGUUUGCCGCACCAAGUAUGUUUUGGAAGUUCGACCUGCAUUCUUCAUCUCACAUAGACACCCUCUUAGACCGAGAUGAAGUGACACUAAAAGAGUUGAUGGAUGAGGAAGAUAUAUUGCAAGAAUGCAAGGCGCAGAAUCGUAAACUUGUGGAGUUUUUAUUAAAAUCGGAGUGCUUGGAAGACUUGGUGACCUAUAUUACGGAGGAGCCACCUCACGACAUGGAUGAGAAAAUGCGUUACAAGUAUCCCAAUUUGUCUUGUGAGUUAUUAACCUCAGAUGUAUCUCAGAUAAAUGACAGACUAGGAGAAGACGAAUCUCUACUCAAGAGGCUCUACUGCUUCCUUUUAAAUGACUCCCCAUUAAAUCCGCUGCUUGCUAGUUUCUUCAGCAAAGUGUUAAGCAUUUUAAUCAGCAGGAAGCCAGAACAGAUUGUAGCGUUUUUAAAGAAAAAAGAUGACUUUGUCGACUUGAUAAUAAAACAUAUAGGUACCUCUGCAAUUAUGGAUUUGCUGCUAAGACUUCUCACAUGUAUUGAGCCGCCACAGCUAAGGCAAGAUGUCUUGAAUUGGCUUAACGAAGAGAAGAUUAUCCAGAGACUUGUAGAGUUAGUGCACCCUUCUCAGGAUGAAGAUAGGCAUUCUAAUGCAUCACAGUCCCUUUGUGAGAUUAUACGCCUGAGCAGGGAUCAGUUGUUACAAGUGCAGAACAGCCCAGAACCAGACCCUCUCCUGGCCACGUUAGAAAAGCAAGAAAUUUUAGAGCAACUACUAUCAAAUAUAUUUUUGAAAGAGAGGAAUGAAUCUGCAAUUGUCAGUGCUAUCCAAAUAUUGCUGACUCUGCUAGAAACAAGGCGGCCAGCUUUUGAGGGUCAUAUUGACCUGUGUCCACCUGGUCUCAAUCACUCUGCAUUUUCAGUUAACAAAACAGUCUUGACUGCUAUUCAGGAAAGACUUCCGUCCUUUCACCAGCUACUCCUGGACCCUCCAAAAACUGAUGUCAUGAAGACAACAUGGGGAGUCCUAGAUCCUCCUGUAGGGAAUACUCGGUUACAUGUUAUCAGAUUAAUAGCAAGUUUACUACAGACCAAUACGCACAGCAUCAAUCUAGAGUUCAUUGAGCUAAACACUAUAGGAGUUAUUCUGGAUAUGUUUUUCAAAUACACAUGGAACAAUUUCCUUCAUACGCAAGUGGAAAUCUGCAUUGCCUUGAUUCUUGCUAGUCCUGGUGACAGUACAGACGGCUUGAUCAGCGAACAGAACUCUGCAGGAGAGCAUAUCUUAUUAAGACAUCUCUUUUUGAAAUGCCACUUAAUAGACCGAAUACUUGAAGCAUGGGCCUUGAAUGAAAAAAGACAGUCUGAAGGAGGGCGACGGUGUGGAUACAUGGGGCACUUGACAAGAAUCGCAAACUGCAUAGUUCACAGCAUUGAAAAGGGGCCAAACAGUACACUAGCACAUCAGCUUAUUAAAGAAUUGCCAACUGAAGCUCAGGAAAAAUGGGAGUCUUUCUGCACAAGUUCCUUAGGCGAAACAAACAAGAGGAACACUGUAGAUCUAGUCACAACACGACAUAUCCACUCCUCCAGCGAUGAUGAGAUAGAGUUUAAAGAUCCAGGCUUCUCACAAGAUUCUUCCAUUCAGCAGAUGCAACAAAUGACGUCCAAUUUUAUUGACCAGUUUGGCUUCAACGAUGAGAAGUUUGCCGACCAAGAUGACCUUGGGAAUGUCUCAUUUGAUCGUGUCUCAGACAUUAACUUCACACUCAACGCAAACGAAAGUGCGAACAUCGCUUUGUUUGAGGCGUGCUGCAAAGAAAGGAUACAGCAGUUUGAUGAUGGCGGGUCAGAUGAAGAAGAUAUUUGGGAGGAGAAGAAUCUCGCAUUCACCCAGGACACUCAAAGAAGAUCAAGCUCAGGAAGCACAGACAGCGAAGAGAGCACAGAUUCUGAGGAGGAGGACUCUGUUAAACAGGGAUUAUUUGAAUCAAGCACAGUCAACCAAGAAGAUAAAAUGGAGGUGGAUGCCAAUGAAGCAAGCAACUGGCCAGCAACUUUUGAUAUCCCAAUGGAAACUGCACAUGUAGCCGGUUUAGAUUCAGUGGGAUCUGAUGUGUGGAGCACAGAAGAGUCAUUGUCAACAAAAGAAACAGGCUGGGCCUCGUUUUCUGAAUUCACAUCUUCAGUUAGCUCAAAGGACACGGCAAGAAGUAAUUCUCCGGUUGAAAUGGAAACCAGCACAGAGCCAAUGGAUCCGCUGAGUGUUAAUACCUCUGCACAAACUGAAAUUACUGUUGCAAUGGAUGCCAGUUCUGAUGGAGAAGAGGAAGUGGAAAACUCCGAUCAGAUGACAGAAACAGUGAUGAAUGGAAGCAUGAAGGAAACCCUCAGCCUUACCGUAGAUGCAAAAACAGAGACCGCGGUUUUUAAAAGAGUGUUGAAAUCCUAUUGGUAUGUAUCUCUUGUAUACUGUGCAGGUUUUUCAUACAUUCCCUUUUUUAUACCGGAUCUCCCUUCAAUAUGUUUUACCUCCCCACAUUUUUUUUUAAUUUUUUUUUUUUAUUUAAAACAGUCCAUGGAACAUGCAAUUUUUGUGUUUUCUGAGAAAUCUGAGCUGUAUAUCUGCAUUCACAUUUUGCUGGCAGUUUACAUGAAGGCUCAGUACAAGCAAUACCGUACAUAA